ACGGGGACGGUGCUGGUGCGUUCGCUGGCAGCUGGCUCAACAUUGUGUUUCUUCAAUCAUCUACUCCGGACAAAUCUAAAGGAUAAGCCACCUUCAGGACACGUCUUGUUUGCGUACAGUCCGGUUCAAAAGAUACGCUCGCCUUACUGUUGGCCUUCCUCCCUCAACAUUCCAACCGCUGUCCACCCACUCUCCACAAUCCCAUUACUGGUCGGAUUUUGACCACCCUAGAAACCAUUCUGACCCCCUUACCGCAUCGUAUUCCUGUCGCACUACUCCCUCCGUAUGUCGAUCGCGGCCCCGAACGUCCGAAGAUUUUGUUCGCAAUGAUAUAAGGUGCGCGCAUGGUAGGAGGCCGAUCCAAAAACCGCGGGUGGUUGCAGGAGGGCGUGAUUCGAACCAGCAUGCUGGGCAAAACAAUACUCCCAACCGAUGAAGAGCUUGGGAAGAAGGACGAUGAUCAUAAGCCUGGGUCAUGGCCGCAGACACCAACAUGGGCAGCGCUGAAGACACCACCGCUCCGAUGGAGGAGGAGAAGGAUAGCCUUCGUGCUAGUUGGGCUAUAUACGUUUUACAUGCUUCAUAACUACAUAACAGAACUCCCGAUCUUCCAACCGAAUGGAUCCUCGUAUGGCCUCCGGCAGAUUGUGCCUAUGACGAACGAAGACCACAACGAAGCAGUCGACAGAGAACCCACCGGCGUACCCCCUGGCCUUGCUGUAGCCAAAGAUGCAGCUGCACCACAAGUCUUCUCCGGCCCGAUCAAGUUCUAUAGACUCGCCGCGUCUCUCCACGAAGCCUCAUACACCCAUGGCUAUAGCCCUCUCAAUCGGAACAUCCUAUUUGCGUUCUCGAACCUCAAAAGUGCCGCGACCCUCCUCCCUCUUGCAUGCGAGAUGGCCAAGUGGAACCGCAAUUGGGUGCAUGUUGCCAUCAUGAGCCGUAUGGACAUACCGCUUGAUGACCUACUGGGGAUAAACGGGGUGGACAAGACUAAAUGUCCUGUCGUCUGGCAUGAUGCGCGGCCAGAUUAUUCGGAAUUCAGCACAGAGUCCAGGGCUGAGAUGAGCGCCGCAGCGGCGUUGGGUCAUAUCAACACAUUCCUUCAUCCUCAAGCUACGAUCACGGAUGAUUCCCAGGAUGAAGAUGGAUCUUUUGUUCGUGGACUACGGAGUAAAGCCAAACUUUUGUCCAUGCCUAUCAUAGAGAUGCCUCAGGGACAAAUGCAAAAUUUCAUGUGGAUGGCGCGAUUGGAUGCUGGAUCGAUUCGCAACUGGCAUAAACCUACCAUCGACAUUCUGAUUCAAGCCCCAUCUGAUUCUUCUGGAGGAAUAUUGAGGCUUCUGAAAUCACUUAAGGAAGCCGACUAUCGUGGGAUGAAGCAACCGCGCCUAACCAUAGAUCUGCCUGACAGUGUUGAUCCUUCCCUACGACAGAGGCUUGAAGACUUUGCCUGGCCCCCAGGAAAACAGGAUGACCCGCUAUCAAACAACCAAAUCAUCAUAAGAAGACGAAUUAGCAAUCAUCACGCAACACAGGAAGAGUCCUCCAUUCGAUUCCUGGAAUUGUUUUAUCCCUCCAGUACCAAGGACUCUCAUGUUCUCCUCUUGUCCCCACAGGUGCAAUUGUCUCCACUAUUUUUCCAAUAUCUAAAAUACGUUCUCCUGGAGUACAAGUACUCUUCAUUCGGCGAGAGCGAUGCCUUGGAUCUUAUGGGCAUAAGUCUAGUAUCGCCAUCUGUCACCUUGGACGGACAUAAACGCUUAACUCUCCCAAAACCUUCUGACAUGAAUGCAGAACGAUAUUCGAGGCAAUUUUCCGAGGAGGCCAGCACACAGUUCCUUUGGCAGGCUCCCGAUAGUCAUGCCGCCCUUUAUUUCGGCGACAAAUGGGCGGAGUGGCAUUCGUUCCUCAGUAAUAGAGUAAAAAAACAGCACCAAACCGGCAAGAAGGCUCCGAGAGCGAAAUUAGUCUCGGAAACACUACCUGCGUGGACAGAGUACAUGCUUGAAUUCAUGCGCGCCAGAGGCUAUUCACUAUUAUAUCCGGCAACAAGCUCUACGGAGUCAUUGGCGACCAUACACAAUGAAUUAUAUCGCCCCCCUCAGGAGUUCUCGCCGCCUCCUGUCACAAAAGACAAUGAACCAGAAAUCAAGCCCGACCUCGCAAACGAACCGUUCUUGCGAGCGGAAACCCCUGCUCCCAGCCCCACGAUCCGGGAAUCCAAUGUCAUCCCAAGAUCUAGGCCCCUCCACAUGGCAUUGCCUUUCGAUGGCGAUCUGCCCGAAGCAUCCCAUCUUCCGUAUCUUCUUUACAAUGGUACCAUAACGGACCCAUUCAAAGCAAAUACUUUUGCGAUUGAGUUUGCAGCCAAUUUCAGGAAAGAAAUCGGCGAAUGCCCGAUCCAACCCAAGAUGCACCGCAAAAUUGUCACGGGCAGUACCAAUGAUCUAUUCUGCUUUGGAGACGAGGAUGCAGAUGAUUGGGAAAGCGAAGAGUUGGAGCGAUCGCCCUAUGAGCCGGAAGAUGAGGUCGACGCAUUUAGUGCAUACGGCAGUACCGUUACAGACCUUGCUUCACAAACGACCGCGGUAUCUACAUCAUCUUACUCAUUUACACCAACAGCCACGGCAACAAACAUCUAAAUCAUUACAUUUCAACACAAACUCUAUGUAUGAGUAUUUAUAUGUACCAAAGGACACUUCAUUUUAGCUCAUUAGGGCAUGACCUUGACCGCACGCGGCAAGAGGAUAUAUGGCGUUUUUUAUUUACAAUGUUUGCACGGGUCUCAUUCACAUAGAUAGAAAUGACAGGUUUGUCAUUGUUGCUCCAUAUCAUAUAGCGAAAUAG